AUGCCAUUUUAUGCAGCAACAUUCUGCAGUCAAAAGGAUUAUUCCCAAAACAUUCUUGAUAAGUCAUUAUUACCUCGACCAAUUUUUGGUAUCCAAGCGCAGCAUCAAGAAUCUGGUUCAAGAUCCCGACAAAGGCUAUCAACACCAGACCCAAAUCAGCCUUCAACUACUUGUGCCCAUACGCCCAACCAUGAAUUAGACUAA